AUGGAUCCAGACUGGAAAGAAGUCAAGCAUCUAGCGAUGCAAGGUCGUCUACAGAGCCUCAGACUUCGUAUUAUCGAUCUUGCGAAUAACUUGGACAAUUCUACGACAAGACAGCUUGGCAUUCACUGCGGGGCUAUUAUGGAAGACAUCCGCAGCUUGUCCUAUGAUUGUAUUGUAGAGAGCAGGGAUCGACUGGACGAAUUCCAGUUUUAUUGGCGAAUGGCAGAAAUCGAGGUAUUGAUCCAGUUUUGUAUUGACGAGGAACUUCAGAAGAUUGGACGGGCCGAGAAGCAACAGCCUAGGAUGACAACAGAAAAGCGCAGGGAGAUGAUGACGGAUCUCAGAUUUGACAUUCCUUUCACUGAGAUGUGCUUCAUCCCGUUCGAUGCUUAUGACUUCUUCAUGAGCCUCGGACAGGCAUUCAAGGAUCUCAUUGUCGAUGAGUUGCGGGAUCGUGCUCAAGACGAUGCUAUGGCUAGUCUUCAGUCUGUGAAGGAAGAUCAGUCUAUCAAGGAAGAGGAGUGGAUCAAGGAAGUCGUCAGCGAGCCACCUCGUCCCGAACUGCAUCUACCUGGGAGGUUUAUCACUAACGAUGAGCUUAAGCAGCAGUUCAGGGAUCUAGCGGUCAACUUUGAUAAUUCCAGCAAUCGCUGGGCAAAGCAACAAAUUGAUGCGUAUCAGAGAUACCUGCAGUUGCCAGUCACAGACAAAAUGGCAUCGGCAGCUGUGGAAGAGUAUAACGACUGUGUAUCAAUGCAGAUGCCGUGUCCACCAGGUAUGAGCUUGCUUCUCUUUACCCGUUCGGGAGACUGGUGGUUCCCCCAUCCAGUGGACCCCUCUGCCAACAGGUCUCCUUCUUGGGGGGAUGUCCCUAAGCUGGAGGUAAUUACCAUGACUCGCGAACAGCUGCGUGAUGAUCAUGAGUUCGUGGCUGACGCCUUCAAGAAGGAGGUACCUGAAAUUGAGCCUCGUCUCGAGCAGUUGGAUAUUGACUUUGACAAGGUAGUCGCUUCUCAGUAUGGGUUUGUCGUUGCAUGGAAGUACGUGGGGGGCGAUGACUGGUUUGAUCGUUAUGGUCAUGUUGUUCCGGAGCUUGUUGUUGAUCAGUCGUUCAUUCACCAUGGUCGGCGAUUUAGUGAGACUAUGAAAGAAGGUGAUCUUUCGGAUUGA